GCGACACCAGGGUUCUGUCUUCACUUCCGUAAAUACACAGCUCUCUUCCUCUUGUGGAGACAGUUCACACAUGUGCUUGGUUGUUUACAGCGUAGUUGAGAAUUUACCAUCAAAAACUUUUAUAUUAUUGACUAUAUAAAUAUCCCUGAACUGUGAGUACAGAGAUAGACCAAUGAAACCAGCUCGUCGUUUCCAGUUCAUCUGGAAGUUUUAGCGGAAGGAUAGCUAACUUUAGCUUAGCCACAACAAGCUUUAUUGUUUUGCAUGAGGACAGUCAACAUGGAUGUAGACGGCCGGGACUUUUUGAACAGCCCUCCCGUGAAGACAGUCAGGUUUGGGGGCAGUGUUGCGGAAACGUUAGCGAAACAUAAACAGGGAGACUCCAGUGAUUAUGAACUGCUGAAACAUCAGCUGGCUGAUCCUGAGAUAAAGGAUGCUCAGAUCAUCAACUGGCUGCAAGAGUUUCGGAGUUGUGUGACCCAGCUGAACAAAGACCAUGAGCAGCUCAUCUACACUAUCUUGAGGCUUCCAUGGGUGGGUCGGAGCCAGGCUGUGGUGGAGGAGUACAUGGCCUUCCUCAGUAACCUGGUCUCAGCGCAGACUGUCUACCUGUGUGCCUGCCUCAAGAUGGUGGUCUCCCACUUCACUCCCAAGAGAGUGACCAUCUGUGAAGGAGGGGUGGAUAUCUCUGAUUCAGAUGAUGAAGAUGAGAACCUCCCUAAAAACUUCGAUCAGAGUCACCAGGCGCUGCAGCUCAUCACCAGAUACGUCCCAUCCACGAGUCGCUUUCUGAUGCCCAUUCUGCAGGAGAACUUCCCCUUCAUACAGAAAUCCUCCAGAACCCUGGAGUGUUACGUCCACAACCUCCUCAGGGUGACAGUGUACAUCCCGUCCAUCCGACGAGACGUCCUGGAGGUGAUCGUCGGAAAGAUGCUCAAACUGGACGUGAGUGCAUCCCGGUCAGACAUUGAGGAGGCAGAGGAGAACACAGGGCAGAGCCAAGAGGAGCAGACUGAGGAGGGACUCUUCCACAUGGACGAGGACGUGGCAGCAGAUCAACCCUCCAGGACUGUGAUGGCUCAUCCAGUGGCUGAGAGGCUGGACGUCCUCAUGGCUGUGAUGAUAGCGUACAUCAAGGACGUCUGCCAUGUCAGCGGCUCUUUUCAUGUGGACCAGACUAAGGAACUGUACAGAGAUUUGUUGAGUGUGUUUGACAAACUCAUACUGCCGACACAUGCGUCCUGCCACGUCCAGUACACACUGUUUUACCUCUGCAGCUUCAGACUGGCCCUGGCAGAGGCCUUCCUGGAUCACCUGUGGAAGAUCCUGCAGAACCCCUCUCAGCCCGCUGUGCUCCGGCAGGCUGCUGCUGGAUACCUGGGAAGCUUCCUGGCCCGAGCCAAGUUCAUCCCUGUGCUCACUGUGCGGGCAUGUCUGGACCUGCUGCUCUCCUGGAUCCAUCGCUACAUUGACAGUCAGGACAGCAGCGGCAGACAGGCCUGCUGUGACAUCAGCUUGCAUGGGCCCUUCUACUCAGCCUGCCAGGCCGUCUUCUACACUCUCAUCUUCAGGCACAGAGUCAUGCUGGAGGGCAACAUGAAGAAAGGUCUGGAGUACCUGCAGAGUCUGAACCUGGAGCGGGUGGUGAUGUGUCAGCUGAACCCUCUCAAAGUCUGCCUGCCAUCCGUCACCAACAUGUUUGCUGCCAUCACCAGGAAGUAUCAGGUGGUGUUCUGCUACACCAUCAUAGAGAGGAACAACCGCCACGUGCUGCCGGUGGUCCGCAGUUCAGCAGGAGGAGACUGUGUGACCACCAACACCAACCCUCUGGACAGCUUCUUCCCCUUUGACCCCUACCUGCUCAAGAGGUCUGGUCAGCUGAUUGAGCCUCUCUACCAGGUCUGGGAGGAACUGGCAGACACGGAGCUGCUUCCUGCCAAAACAGGCCAACAGGGCUCGAGGGAGGACGAGGAUGACUUCCUGUGUGGGGAGACACUCAAGGCCGACGGCAUUGUGGGAAUGACUCCCAGCUCCUACGACUCAAACCUCCGCAGCCCGAGCAGCGUGGGUUCGCCCCCCUUCGGCUUCCAGAAAGCGUUCUAGGCCCUCAUCAUGAACCAUCAUGUUCUGAUGGACCGAGACUCCCCCCCCCCCCCCCAACUGUGAAUCCACAGACAGAGCAGAGCGGACAGAAAGCUACAGAGACUCUAUGAACAAGAGCCUGUGCUGACUCCACCCGAUAAAACACAUUAUAUUUAAUUUAUAAGGACUCAAAGACAGAGAGAAGAAGACAUGGAGAGAGAUGACUGAUCCCUGUUAGAAUACACUUCAGUGUUCAUGAACAGAAAUGGUUAGUGAUAUUAUAUGACCACAGUCUGACCCUGACUUUUUCACAUCACUGAUUUCAGUAAAAGGAUAGAAACUGUUUCAAGCAACAGCUCUGAGGAGGGAUGAACUCUACAUGUAGAGAUAUACAAACAGUUAUAGAGAGGCCUUGGCUUCUGCUGUUUUCUAUGGGUGAAACUUAAAUUAAAUUGAGCUUGAGACAUUGUUAUAGGCUACGUCCACACUACUACAUUUUCGUUUUAAAACACAUCUCUUUUCCUACAUUUACUCCUGCCGUCCACACUACUGCCAGGCCUCCAAAACACAGACUUCUGGAAACUCUGCUGGACCUGUUUUAUUUUGAAAACUCUUGGGUUGUGUUGUAGUCUGGAUGGACAGAAACGGAGACCUUCAUAAACGAUGUAGACACCCACAGUCUCUCCUGAUUGGCUCUCAUCAGCCUGAACUACCAGUGGUGAAUACAACAUGAUAAUGAAUUUCAGUGUUACUGAACUUGUUGUCUUUGCUAGCAGCUGUUCAUUUACAUUCUCUCUUUUAAUGCUGCAACUGUCUUUGCUGUUCCUCGUUCAGAGGAUUUACUGUAACUAAUCAACUGCAGACGAGACAAUCGACUUCCUGUUUACACCGGCUCGCACAUGCUCACUGUACAUGAAUGGACGUGUGUGUGUGUUAGCCUGGACAGAGAUCGUUUUGGUUUGAAAAUGAAGUAGUGUGGGCAGUAAAAUACUGUUAGAAGCAGUUGCAUUAAAUAAUUUAUGAAACUUAUUUUACCAUGACCUGAUGUAAGCAACAGAAGUGUUUCUAUGAUCCAAGACAUCCACAAGUCUGCAAAGUCUGCAUGGAGUACCGCUGACUGUGUGUGUGUGUGUGUGCGCGUGCGUGCGUGCCUGCGUGCGUGCGUGCGUGUGUGUGUGCCCGCGCGCAGCCACUAAUGAUAUUAUUAAUGUCAUUAAAUGAGUCUCAUGGGAAUGGAAAGGGAGACGGUGACACAUAAGAAGAUUGCAGCAGAAAUGUGCAAAAUAUAUAAGGAAGAAAGAGAGAGGAGGUGGAGAUGGUGCUGAUGGGAAAUGCAGUCACAAAAUCUUAAAUAAAUAUUAAAGGAUAGUUUUUCAAGUCUGUUGUAAAAAUCCCGCCACUCACAUGUCCACAUGCGCCAUGAGAGUCUGAGCCAGACUCAACAGAUCAUCUUCCUCUCUGAUGUGGAGCAACAGUAACCAAGAGAAAAGUUUUACAAACUGCUGAAGCUUAAGCUGAAUAACGUUUUCACACAAGGACUUAGUCUUCAUCACUCACACUGGAAUCUCUUUUAACAGUGAAGAGACCAACAGUGUUGUCAGUGUCACGGACAUAUGAAUAUUGUUUUAACAUGGACUUGAAUAGACGUGAACACGUCCUCAAAGGAAUUGGAUCGUUCUCAGAAUUGUCUUUUAGUUAGUUUAUUUGCACUUGUUUAUUCAUUUUAGUUGAUUAUUUCUUUGUUUCUGUAGAUUAAAGUGAAUUCAUGUUUCUUCUCUCCGCCACAUCCUUCCCUGUGGGCUGUGUGAAAAACCCUCUGUCUGUUUCUGUGCCGCCACUGCCCCACAGUGACGUGUCGUCAUCAGUGCACAACAGCACAGUGACGGUAUUAACUGCACGCACCUCAUGUUUGUCAUGUUUAGGAUCAUUUCCAAGGAUCAGGCUGGUAUUUGAUAAUAUCAUGAUAUUUCCCACCAUCUGCAAUAUUUUUCAUAAUAUAAAAUGAUAUAUAUAUAUAUUUUUUUUUUUUUGCAGUUUUGUACAGUCUGCCCUUCUGCAGACUCCGACACUCAUGUCAAUGCUUUGCUUACUAUACUUUGUACCUUGGCUUGUGACAAAUAAAACUGAACUGCUG